AUUUUAACAAAACAACAACAACAAAUUUAAACAAAAUUUUUGUGCAAAUUUCUAUUUUUCUUAAACAAACAAAAAUAAUCAAAAUCAUAAAAAUCUAAAGCCAAAAAAACUUGCUUAAGCAUGGAAUUUAUGUGUGAAAGUGGCGAUUGUAUACCAUUGGAAAGUGUAUGUGAUGGUAUAGGCGAUUGUAAGCGUAUGGAUGAUGAAAGUUAUGGUCUAUGUCAUUGCAGUAGUGAUAAGUUCAAAUGUAUACGAGGCGGUGGCUGUAUACCAAAAACUCAAGUUUGUGAUGGCAAACCUCAGUGUCGAGAUGGCAGUGAUGAAAUAAGUUGUCGUAAGUAUUUUCUUAAAAAGAAUGUUUGUUUUAUUUUUUAAUUUUUGUAUAUAAUUUGCAUGUUUUAGAGAGAAUUCUUUUUAGUAAAUGUUUGAUACAUUGCAUGUAAAAGUAGUUAAAUGUUUUGCAUGACGUAGCAUGUCUCCAGUAUGCUAGAGCAUGUUUUGUUACAAUAUUUUUUACUAAAAACUUUACAAAUUCCAUUAG